UAACCGGACGUAUUUUUAUAGUGACACAGCCAGCAUGGACGCUGAAUCCCAGCGUAUUUUGGAGUAUUUGACAGAAGUGGAGGAGGCAGCGGAGGAUGUCCUCACCACUAAACAACAGAUCGUGGACCUGGACACAAAGAGAAACAGGAACAGGGAAGCACUCAACGCACUGAAAACUGAAUUGUCAGAUUCAGAGAAAGUGAAGGUUUGCUUUGGAAACAUGUUCAUCAAGUUCCCCAAAUCAAAGACAAGAGAGAUGAUUGAGAAAGACCAGGAGCAGCUGGACAAAGAGAUAAACGAGCUUCGCAAAGGCCUGAAAGAAAAAGUCAAUCGUCUUAACGAGAUGCAAGGUAAACCUGAGCUGAGAGGCUACCACCUUUCUCCUCUGUCCUCUGAUGAAAUCAAAGCUAUGAACAGCCUUUUAAACAGGUGACAUCGCAUCUGAAACCACUUCAUUGGACAAAGAGCACAUGUUAACCAGUCACCUAAGAACUUCACCUGCAACCACAGCACUGUGAUGAGCUGUCCUCUGGAUCAUCUGAUGACACAGUAAAUUAGCAUCUACAGCGAGCCACAGUAUCCACAAACCUGACAUCUGGACAGUUUUUAUAGCUCCAUGCAAACAUUGUAUUCUGAGUACAGACUGCAAAUGCGUUUUCUCUCAAAACACGGGGUGGGCAAUAUGAAUGAUGUUCUGUAUCACCACGUAUGUGAAUACAUAUAUAUAUUAAAAAGUCCUGAUCACUGAUUUACAGCGUUGUCACGAUGGUGUUACAUAACCACAGAGGCUGUGUAAAAGAUAUGAAUGGUAUGUUAAAAUCUCUGAUGCCAGACGAAUUAAUGUCCUCUCUCACUUUUUAGCCGUCUCGAUGAGCCGCCUUCUUUAAAACCACAUCCAGCCGGAGGCAGGUGUUAACCUGCAUCUGUAAAAGCUGAGCAUGAACACAGCUGCUUUGUACAUGAAGCAGUGCUGAUGGUUUUUUGGAGUCUUGCCUGCUGCCUUUGAUUCUAUAGUUCCUUUGUUGCUGACUGUCUUGCGUUUGGGUUAUUUCACCUUUCGACCUUCAUUUUCUCUUCUACUUUGACUAACACGGGUCUUUAGUUUACAAGGACUGGAGCUUUGAAGAUAAGUUUUUAUAAAGCUGUUUUCCUUUUUCCUUCCUUUCUUUUUUUUAUUACUGUUGAAAUGCCCGUUGCUCUGUGGGAUUGAACAGAAGGAUUGAAUGGUGUGAACUGACAUUCUGUAGAGUUAGGUCUGGU